AUGACUGAAAAUAAUAAACAUUCAUCAACGGAAAAGAAAUCAGUAAUAUCUUCGAACAAAAAGAAUCAAACAAAGAGAACUGCUACUAUAAAACGAAAACUUACUGGAUCGAAAAUCAGUCAUGAUAGUGAAGAAUCACAAGAAAUAUAUGUUUCUACAGGAUUGGAUGGAAAGUAUUGGUGUGUUACUUCAGUUGAUCAUCAUGUAAACAAAUCCAGAUUAUUUUCAAAAUAUCUAGGUGACGAUGAAGAUUCAACAUCAGAAUCUGAAAAUAUUACUCAGAAAAAACUUAAAAAAAUAUCUUCGUCAACAUCUUCAAUUGAUGAUCGAACACUUCUUUAUUCCAAUAAAACUUUUAUAACAUGUCGAAAUCCUACGAAUUCAUUUUAUCUCUGUCAAGUUCUUCAAAAUGUUUAUAAUAAUACAAAAGAAAUUCGUAUUCGAUGGUGUUCAUUAGCUGAUGAAAAUGAUGAUGAAACAAAAAUUGAUGAAAAUACACAUUUUAAACUUGAUUACGAAGAUAAACUUGAUCUACAUACAAUUCUUACUGAUAUACCAAAUGUUGUUCAUCAUCCGGAUAAAACAAUAUCAUUAACAAAACAAGAUAUUAUCGAAACAAAUAGUUUAUUAGAGAAAUCUAUUAAAGCUGAAUUGACUUCAUCGGAUGAAUCCAUAGAUUCAAACAUAGAUGAUAAUUUAACUAAUCAAUCAUCAAAUCCAAAGAUCAGAAAACAAAAGAUUACAUCGGAUAAUGCUAAAAAACAAUCAAUUAGAAAACGACGACGAAUUAUUAGUUCUGAAGCUGCUCCUGUACGUAAACGGCGACGUACCAAAGAUAUUGAUGAAGUUAUCGAAGGAGAAAAGAAAGUAGUAAAACGAAAACGAACACCGAAAGAAACAACAAAAAAACCUGCUAUAAUAUCAAAAGCACAGUUAUUCAAAGUACAAAGUAAUCGUUUUCUUAAGGAAAAUCACACCAUAACAGAAUAUCAAACUGAACCAUUUUUUGAAGACAAUUUACCUGUUCCAUUUAUAUCAUCUAGUGUUCAAAGUAAAUUAGCUAUACGUGCAGUAUUAUUAAAUGAUUCAGUACUUUUAAAAAGUCUUAUUGAUGAUGUUGAUCAUGUUUGUUCGGUUCAUAUUAGACGUGAUAUGCCUAAGAGUUUAUCAGCUAUUCAUUAUGCUAUUAAAAAUAAUAAUAUUGAUUUACUUCGAAUAUUAUUAGAAGAUUUACAAAUACCAAGAACCGAUCGAUGUUCUUUUGCUAAAGUCACUAUCGAAGAACAAAGUACAGGACAAGCAAGUAUUAAUACUUUGGGCUUUCGAACAGCUAAAAUAAUGGCUAGUCGAGGUGCACGUGAAGGCAAUAAUGCUUUGAUUAAAGAUAAAUACGAAGUCGUUGAUCUCUAUAAUAGAAAAGAAUUUCUUCUGUAUGCAAUAAAAAACAAUUGUUCAAGCGAAAUUUAUAAUUUACUUUGUGAAAAAUAUGCCGUUUGGGAAAUCUAUUCUAAUAUAUCUGAAUGUAUUCAAGCUGGUCAUCGAAAAUUAGCUGCGAACAUCAUCAAUGAUAUGCAGAGUAAAAAUGAUUAUAGAUUCCGUAAACUUCAUUACGAAGUUCUUUUCUUUGAUCAAGAAGAUUUAAUUAUUGAUAGUGCUUGUGAUGUAAUUGAAAAAACGAAAGAAAAUUCUAAAAUAACACCUAUUCAUUGUGCUGCUAUAAAUCCAAAUGCGAAAUAUAUAAAACAAUUACUAACUAUUGUACCUGAAUAUAAUAUUAAGGAUGAUUAUCAACGACGACCAAUUCAUUUUGCUGCUGCUUGCGAAGGAUCAGAACCAUUAGAAUAUCUUAUAUCUAAAAAUGCAAAUCUUAACGAUAUUGAUAAUGAUGGUAAUUCACCAUUGCAUAUAGCUGUAACAUAUGGUCGAGUGAUGAAUGCUGAAUUAUUAUUACGUAAAGCAAAAGAAAAAGCCGAAUCGAAUGAACCCGAUGAACAGAUCAUACAUGAAAAAUUUGGUCUUGCGUCAAUUAAUAUAAUGAAUAAAGCACGUUAUUAUCCUCUUCAUUUAGCUACUAUGAAUAAUCAUUUAGAUUGUAUUAAAGUACUUGUAAACUUUGAUGCACGUAUUGAUGGAUUUACAAGUGUAUCUAAGGAAAAAUUGACACCAUUGAUGUUAGGUUGUCAAAAAGGAUAUUUAGAUAUUGUAUUCUAUUUAAUUAAACAUGGGGCUAAAAUAGAAGCACGUGAUCGAUUUAAACGUACACCAUUAAUUCAUGCUUGUAUGUAUGGUAAUGCUCAUAUUGUAUCAUAUUUACUUCGUAUGGGUGCAAAUGCAAAUGUAUUUGAUUCAUCAAUGAAUACAGCUUUACAUUAUGCUAUUGCAUAUGGAUGGUAUUUUUGUGUUCAAUUAUUAAUUGAAACUGGUGCUAAUGUAAAUUGUGCUAAUAGUUGGCAAACAACAUGUCUUGGAAUAGGUUUUUCUAAAGGACAUUAUGGUAUAUGUGAUUAUCUUUUAACAGAACACCAAGCAGAUAUUAAUUUUAAAACUGAUGAAGGUUUAACAUUAGUUAUGAUAACAGUUAAAUUAGAAAUUUCACCAUCAUCUGUACAACAAUUAGAAUAUGUUGUUGUUAAACAUAAAGCUGAUUGUACAUGUAUUGAUAUUAAUGGAAGAAAUGCAUUUCAUUAUUUAGCAUUAAAUCAAUCAGGACAAAAUUCUUCUUAUUUAAAAGAAAAAGAUCGUAAUAAUUUAAAAAAUUAUUAUUUUCAAAUAGCAAAAAUUCUACUUGAACAUCAAUGUAAUCCUCUUCAAAUGGAUAAUAAAGCUCAAACAUCAUUAAUGCUUGCACUUGAAUUUGGAAAUUUUAUUCUCGUUGAUUUUCUUAUUAAUCAAGCUAAAGUUAAUUUAAAUUUAGAUGUUAGUCAUGAUGGAAAAACAUUAUUACAUUAUUUUGCUAUGAAUUCUGGUAAUGAUAAUCUUAUUCAAACAUUAAUUAGUUUACCUCUGACUGAUGAAUUGAAAAAAAUGGGUCAAAUGAUUGAUAAUCAAGGUCGAAGUCCAUUUCAUUAUUGUGCUAUACAAUUUGAUGAAUUUUGUAAACGAUCUCGAUUUAAUGGAUCAUCGGAAGAAAAACAAUAUCAAUCAAUUAUUAAUAUGAUUCGAUAUUGUCUUGAAAUAAUUGAAUGUAAUCCAGAUCUUGAAAUAAAAUCAAUCGAUAAUGAAUCUGACGAGAAUAUUUCAAAAGAUAAAUAUUUUGAAACAAGUAUUUUCUAUUUAUUACGUAAUUUUUCACAUAGUAAUAAUACAAUUGAACAUCCAUUAGAAAUUUUCUUAAAGAAAACAAAAAAUAUUAAUAUACUUCAUCAUAAAACACGACGAACACCUUUAUUAGAAGCAAUUCAUCUUAAAGAAUAUAAAACAAUUGAUCGUCUUCUUCAUCAAUCAUCAUGUGAUGUUAAUUUAGCUACAUCAAUAAUACCAUCAGAAUGUCAACAAACACCAUUAAUUCUUGCUUGUAAACUUCAAUUAUUUACAGUUAUACGUGAUUUAUUAAAUCAUUCAAAAUGUAAUCUUAUCGCUUAUGAUGAUCAACAUAAUCAAGCAUUACAUUAUUAUCUAGCUACAUCACAACGUUCUGAUGAAUAUUUAGAAAUUUUUCAUCUAUUUAUUGAUAAAUUAAAAUUAAUUAAUAAAGAUAUAUUAAAUAGUCAAGGCAAAUUAAAUCGUACACUAUUACAUAUUGCUAUUUAUCAUAAUUUAGGUACAGUUGAUACUGUAAAUGAUAUUGAACAAACAUUAAUUGAUAAUGAAUGUAAUCUAUUUAUAAAAGAUAAUCUUGGAAAUCUUCCAUUACAUAAUGUUUUUUUACAAAAUAAGACAAGUGAUGAUCCUGUUGAACUUUGUUCACUUAUUAUUCAAGCUAUGAAAUAUAAACAAUUAGAUACAAAAAAUAAUCAAGGAAAUACUCCAUUACAUUUAGCUGUUAUUAAACAUUCAACUGUUUGUAUUAUGCUUUUAUUAAAACAUCAUGCAAAUUUAUUAAUUGAAAAUAAUCUAUCAAAUUCUGUUAUUACUGUUUGUAUUGCAUCGAAUCAUUUAGAUCUUCUUAUUACAUUUCUUCAUCAACCAAUUGAUAUUGAUCUAAGUAAAUUAUAUACUGAAUCCGAUCAAAAUAUAUCUCAAUCAAUAAAAAAUUCAUUAUUAAAAUCAAUUGAAACAACAUCAACAUUAGAGAAUAAAGAAACUUGGGUAUGGAAAUUUGCAUCAAUAUUAAAAGAUAAUAAACCUAUUGAAAAAUAUUCAUUAAUAUAUUUAAUUAUAAAACGUAAUUGGCAAGGAGCAUUAUCAUUAAUACUUGAUGAACUUGAUCGUUUUCAUUUGAGUUAUAAUCAAGUAUUUGAAGCAGCUCUUCGAAAUGAUAAACUCAAUCUUGUUAUUCGUCUUAUAUCAAGUUUAAGAAAUCGAACUGUUUUAUAUGAAAAAAAUUCACAGAAACAAAAUCUAUUUCAUAUAAUUGCUAAUUUACAACAAUAUAAUACACAAUAUUUAGAGAAAAUUUUAAAUUCUCUUCAUAAUAAUCAUGUCUAUUGGAAUAUAUCUGAUCAAUAUGGAUCAUAUCCAUUACAUUAUGCUUGUGUUAUACAAAAUAUAGAAUUUAUUAAUUUCUUACAAAAGAAAUAUUCUAAUGAAUUAAAUUUUAAUCAAAUUGAUGCAUAUGGUAAUACAGCUUAUGGUUUAUUAUUCUGGUCUUCGGCUACAAAAAGUUCAUUUAAUAAAGAAUUUCUUCAAAAAUUAAUUAUUUCUAGUAAAUCAAUGGAUUGUUUAUGUAAUUAUGAUAAUGAAAUUGCUCUUAACCCUUUAUCAUUUGGUCGUAUGAAUUCAUCAUUAAAUAUAACAAUAUCAUAUCCACCAAUGAUAUCUGAAUAUACUUCAAAUCAUAUACUAACAUCACCAUUAAUCAAUGCGAUUGUUCAUAAUCAUUUUGAAUUAGUAAAAUUUUUACUUCAACUUAAUGCUAAUGUUAAUUUUCCCGAUGAAGAAAAACGAACACCCUUAAUGUAUGCUGUUCGUCAGAAUAAUAUUGAUAUAGUAAAAUUACUUUUUAAUAAAGAUUAUGAUCCCAAUGAUAAUAAUAAUGAAUAUUCAAAAUAUCAACGUCGUUUACAAUUAGAACAAAAUCGAAAAAAACCAAAAUCUAAAGGAUUCUUUCUUGGUGUUACAGAAAAUUCAACAAAUGAUGAUGAUGAUGAAAUUUCAAAUAAUAGUGAAACUAUUGAUGAAUCAAAUACAUUUACUGUAACAUCAGCUAUUGAUAUAAAUGCUAUUGAUAUAUUUGGUCGUACAUGUAUUCAUUAUCUAGUUCAACCAUUUCCUAAUGGUUCUUAUGUAAAUAAUCUUGAAUUACUUGAAUUACUUCAUAGAUCAGGUGCUUUAUUAACUAAACAAGAUCUCAAUGGUCUAUCACCUUAUCAAUAUAGUAUUAUGAAUGGUUAUAAACAUUUACCUGAAAAAUUAAGAAUAUUAAUCAAUGACAAACAAUUAAAUUCAACUGAUGAAAUUAUUCAACGUUUUUCUAUUAAUGAUCCAAAUAAAAAACUUCUUGAUCAACCGGAUUAUUAUUCUGAUGCUCAAAAAUUUAUUGAUCAAUAUAUAUCUCUUCAUCCAUCGACAAUUAUUAAUACAGCUUAUCAAGUUGAUCCAUUAUCGAAUAUGAGUCAAACAGGAGAAGUAUUAAUUGACACGCAAAAGAAUGAACCUUAUGAUGUUCGUUUAACUAUAACUGAUGUAAAUUAUGGUCUUAUUGGUUUAUAUAAUUUUUACCGUAUGCAAAUUAUUAAACAUAAAAGUAAAACAAAUCUUUAUCUUCUAUUUACACGUUGGGGACGUAUUGGUGAUGGUGAUGGACAAUAUCAAUUAACACCUUAUUCAUUAUUUGAUGAAUGUCGACAAGAAUUUUGUAAAAUAUUUCGUGAAAAAACUGGUAAUUUAUGGGAAAAUACAGAUCAAUUUCAAAAUAAACCAAAAAAAUAUACAUUAAUACAAUUAAAUAAACGUCAAUUAGAAAAAUAUACAAAUGUUCCAAUUGAUUUUCAACAAUUACAAGAUGAUAAUCAACAUUUACCAUCAAAAUUACAAUCAUCUACUUAUAAAAUUCUUUUCAAAACAUUUUUAAAUCCUCAAACUAUACGAGUAAAUCUUAAUAAAACUGAAUUAGAUGUUGAAUGGAUGCCUGUUUCUCAAUUAAAACCUGAAAAUCUACAAAAAGCACGUGAUAUUUUAGUACAAUUAAAAAAAGAUAUCGAACAAAAAGAACAACUUAAAUUAACAAUUCAACAAACUAUGUGUACUGAACAAAAUGAUAAAAUACAAUCAAAUACUCAAUCACCUAUAGAUGAUAUUCAAAGAAGUCAAUUCAAACUUAUUCUUAAUUCUAUUGGUAAACUUACAAAUGAAUACUAUAGUAUAAUACCUUUACAGGGUUAUGGUGAUGAAAGAUUACCUAUCAUUGAUAGUGAACAAGCUGUUAAAGCACAAGAACAAAAACUUGAUGAUAUACUUGAAUUAGAAUUAUCCUAUAAAAUUCUUCUAGCUGCUCAAGCAAAUUUAGAUCGAGUAUCACCAUUAGAUUAUCUAUACAAAUCAAUAAAUUGUCAAUUUGAAGCCAUGAAUAAAGAUGAUAUUGAUUCACAACUUAUUUUACGUUAUAUUUGGACAAGUGCAUCUAAUAUUCAAGUUGAACAAAUAUUUAAAAUUGCUCGACCGAACGAUGAUGAACGUGUAUUUCAACGAAACCUUGAAAAUCAUUAUUUAUUAUGGCAUGGAACUAAUAUUUGUAACUUAAUUAGUAUUCUUACAAGAGGACUCUUAGUUGGACCUUUAUGUGCAACAGCUACUGGAAGUUUAUUCGGAAAGGGAAUCUAUACAGCCGAUGCUUUUGCUAAAAGUCUUGCAUAUUGUUCAGGUGUUACACUAGAUGAUGGCGAACGUUGUUUUAUGCUUCUUUGUGAAGUGGCUCUAGGUCGUUCUCAAGAAGUCGGUAUUAAUAAUGAAAACUUAAAUGAACCAUUGAAUUUAAGUCAAUACCAAAGUCGUAAAGCUAAUGGUCAUAAAAUACCGGAUCCUCGAUAUACUAUUACUCGAAAUUAUGGUGUUCAAAUGCCAUUGGGUCAAUUGAUCGAGCGUACAGAUUCAUAUUAUGGUUAUUAUAGAUAUGCAUACAACGAAUAUAUUGUUUUUGAUGAAUCACAAAUAGCACUUCGUUAUCUUGUUCAAUUUCGGCGAUAA